CGGCUCCGCCCCCGCAGACCACGCCCCGCUCCCGUGUACCGAAUGCUCCAUAUCCGGGUUCCCGCCGCCGCCGCCGCCGCCGCCGUCGCCGUCGCCGCUGCCGCCUCGCUCAUUCAGCUUUGCGGGGAGUGGUGUGAUUCCCGACCAAGAUGGCGGCUGUGGGGCGAGUUGGCUCCUUCGGUUCCUCUCCGCCGGGAUUAGCCUCGACUUACACAGGGGGCCCCUUGGCUAACGAGCUAACAUCGGGCAACGGCGGCGCCGCAGCGGGAGACGACGAGGACGGGCAGAACCUUUGGUCCUGCAUCCUCAGCGAGGUCUCCACCCGCUCGCGCUCCAAGCUCCCCGCGGGGAAGAACGUACUGCUGCUGGGUGAAGAUGGAGCUGGAAAAACAAGCUUAAUAAGAAAAAUUCAGGGAAUAGAAGAGUACAAGAAAGGAAGAGGGUUGGAAUAUUUGUACUUAAAUGUUCAUGAUGAAGACAGGGAAGAUCAAACAAGAUGUAAUGUAUGGAUCUUAGAUGGAGACCUGUAUCACAAGGGCCUCCUUAAAUUUUCACUGGAUGCCAUUUCUCUGAAGGACACUCUAGUUAUGCUGGUUGUGGAUAUGUCAAAGCCUUGGACUGCUUUGGAUUCUCUACAGAAAUGGGCAAGUGUUGUUAGAGAACAUAUUGACAAAUUGAAAAUUCCUCCUGAAGAAAUGAAAGAAAUGGAACAAAAGUUGAUUAGAGACUUCCAAGAAUAUGUAGAGCCGGGAGAAGAUUUCCCAGCCUCUCCUCAGAGAAGAAAUACUGGGUCACAGGAAGACAAAGACGACAGUGUGGUUUUACCUCUGGGUGCGGACACACUUACACAUAACUUGGGCAUCCCAGUACUAGUAGUUUGCACCAAGUGUGAUGCCAUUAGUGUAUUGGAGAAAGAACAUGACUACAGAGAUGAACAUUUUGAUUUUAUUCAGUCACAUAUCCGGAAGUUUUGUUUACAGUAUGGUGCAGCGCUUAUUUACACUUCAGUAAAAGAAAACAAAAAUAUAGAUUUAGUAUAUAAAUAUAUCGUUCAGAAACUGUAUGGAUUUCCCUAUAAGAUUCCUGCUGUUGUUGUGGAAAAAGAUGCAGUAUUUAUUCCAGCAGGGUGGGAUAAUGAUAAGAAAAUAGGAAUAUUACAUGAAAAUUUUCAAACAUUAAAAGCAGAAGAUAAUUUUGAAGACAUUAUAACUAAACCACCUGUCCGAAAGUUUGUACAUGAGAAGGAAAUUGUGGCAGAAGAUGACCAAGUGUUUCUUAUGAAGCUACAGUCCCUUUUAGCAAAGCAACCACCAACUGCAGCUGGAAGGCCUGUGGAUGCCUCACCAAGAGUCCCAGGAGGCUCCCCUCGAACACCAAACCGAUCUGUGUCAUCCAAUGUUGCCAGCGUGUCACCCAUCCCUGCAGGGUCAAAAAAAAUUGAUCCAAACAUGAAAGCUGGAGCUACAAGUGAAGGUGUCCUGGCAAAUUUCUUCAAUAGUUUGCUGAGUAAAAAGACUGGCUCUCCAGGAGGCCCCGGUGUUGGCAGUGGUAGCCCUGGAGGUGGGGCUGGAGCUGGAAGCAGUGGUUUACCACCAUCUGCCAAGAAAUCAGGCCAGAAGCCUGUCCUAUCAGAUGUUCACGCAGAACUAGACAGAAUUGCACGCAAACCAGUUACAGUUUCUCCUACAACACCUACAGCUCCUACGGAAGGAGAAGCUUCUUGAAGAUACCAAAUAAAGCCAUUUUAUUCAGUUUUUUGGGAUAAUGUAAACUGGUCUCUGCCUUCUCCUUGAAAAGUGGAAUUAGGGAACUGGAGUGCUUUUUCAGAUGGACUAAAUUUCUUUUCUUUUCUUUUUUUUUUGUGGUUGCCCAUUUUUAUAAAAGGAAGCUAUACAGAAGAAAAAUUAUUCUACACUAUGUAGGAUUGCUGUUUGCAUUGCCACUUUGCAUAAGGAAAUAAUUUUGGAUUUUGAAAAACUCAAAAUUUAUAGAUCUGAAAUACAGCCAUGUGAUCAUACUCUAAAGGCUCUUUAAAACAUAAGAGGGUUUAGGAAAGGGCAGAAAAUAAUACGCUUUGGGCAUUUGACUGACUUGAAAGUCCAAGCUUAUUUUAGUUAAGACUAUUAAAAUCAUUUGAAAAAUUAUGUGUUAGUUUUGCUGGAAAAGAGAAAAUGGUCAAUUGUCAGAUUUUCCACACCAACGUAAAUAUAACACCACACAUGGAAUAUACUGAGAAAACUAUCAGAUAGCAUUUUAUACACUAGUCAUUGUCUCAACCCACGAUCCUGUAAGUUCUCAUCAAAAUAUGAUUUUGAAAUAUUGGCCAAGAUUCAUUUCUUUAACUGAGAAGAAAAGAAAAGCACACUGCCUAAAUGCAUAAAAGAAAAAUGCAGAGGUUAUUAAAAUGUAAAGAGGUAACAGUCUUUGGAUUUGUUUAUCUAUAUCUGUAUCAAUAUAUAGAUAUAGAUAUAUAUAUAUGGCUCUGCCUUAAUAUACCCCUUUUUUGUUUGUGACUUUCAACUGUAAUCAGUUAAUAAAGUAUUUAUUCUCUGCAUUCAGGUUCAAAUAACUUGUUGCAUUUUCUUAUACAUAAUUUGUAUUUAUUGGACAAUGAAUGAUUCAUUAGUAUUUUGAGGUGUUUGACUUAUAGGAUUAUUAAGCAUUUUGAUCUUCUUUGUAAGAGACAAGUGAAUACAUGAGAUUCACUAACCUGUAAGUUUCCUUAAGUUGGGAGUUUACCUUGAUCAACACAACUUCCCCACAAGCAUGUCUUGAACUACAGAAUCUUAGGUCAGCAUUUUUAGUAGAUAAAAUGUAGCCUUUUACCAUUAUUUAUCGGGCAGAAGCUAUUUUAAAAGCUUGGCAAAUGCACUGACACAUAGGUCCUCUCUUGCAGGUAAGAACACCUGUUAGUAGUUCCACCUGAAUUUUCAGUACUGUUUUUAAAUGCUUGUUUUAGAACCUUCAUAAGAACAAUUUGACUUCUUGCUGAAGAUCAACUAGAGAACACAUGCACAUUUAACUUACUGAAUCAUUACAGAUAACUGGGGAAAAAAUGGCUACUGCCCUUUAUGUUGGCCUUCGUUAUUACUUUAAAAUAUAUAUUCCAAAGAUUUUUUUUCUUCAGCAAAAUGUUUGAGGACAAUACUUCUAACAUAAUCCUUUCGUGCUCGCUUCGGCAGCACAUAGACUAAAAUUGGAACGUAACAUAAUCCUUUCAUUAAAACUUUAAAAUCUUUACUUUUAAAUAGUAUUUGUCUCCUAAUAGUUGAGUAUAUGUGCUAAAAAUACAUGAGAGGGUAAUAAUUAGUUUCAAGGUGGGAAAAACUUAGGUUGUUCAUGGGAACAGAAAAAUGAAUUUGUAAAAACAUUUUGCUUGAGGAAAUACGAGAUGAAAAAUGCCACUGGUAGAAUCUUUAGUCUGGAACAGGUUCUGCAGUCGUGGUGUUGUAAAGACCAAUUUUUCUAAAGUAGUGCCUGAUGAAAUAAGGGAGAAUAAUGAAAGAAAAUCACUGACUGGGCAUCAUGGUAUACUUUGAUAUGUCUGCUGUGUUUGCAUGUCUAGGCCAACUUGUUCUUUUCUGUGUGACAUUGGAGAAGUACUAGAAAAUCCUUGGAAUUAAUUGAGUCAUUAGCAGAAAUAACUGUAAUUGUUCACUUCAUAGGGUAUUCAGUUUUAACUAAUCUAAAACCUUGUGUUUACCAUGUUUAAACCUUAAACCGAUUUUUGUCCCUAUUUUUUGUAAGGAAAUUGUUUUUAAACUACCUAAAACUUUGUGUUUUUAAGCACUUUUUAUUCAAGUAUACAUUAAAGAAAAGUAUACAAAUUAUAGGUUAUAAUGUUUGAAAGACCACUAAUCACCACCAAGAUCAAGAAAGACAUUACUGGCAUCCCAUAAUGCUUCCUAUGUGCCCCCCUCAUCAGCACUCCUUCCCACCAAGUGACCACUGUCCCAACUUCCACAGCCAUAUGUAGGUUUUAUUUAUUUUUAAGUUUUAUAUAAAUGGGAUCUGAGAGUUUAUAUUCUUUUUGUGCAAGGCUUCUUUUCAAUAUUAGUUCUGUAACACAUCAACAAAUCCAUGUAGCAAUAAUUAUAUCUUUUCAUUGCACCAUAAUAUGCCACCUUGCAAAUAUGCUGUAAUUUAUCCAUUAUGCAAUUGAUGGAUGUAUAUUAGUUUUGUAUUGCUGCUGUAACAAGUUACCACAAUUUAGUGGCUUAAAACAAUACAAAUUUAUGAUCUUACCAUUCUGGGGGUCAGAAGUCCAAAAUCAGUCUUCCUGGGCUGAAAUUAAGGUGUCAGCAGUGCUGAUUUCUUUUGGAGGCUCCAGGGAGCAUCUGUUUCCUUCCUUUCCAGCUUCUAGAGGCUGCUUGCAUUCCUUGGGUUCCUGGCCCCUUCAGCUUUGAGGUCAACCGCACAGCAUCUUGAGCUGGGUGCUUCCAUCACAUGGCUUCUCACUCUGAACCCUCUGCAUCCCUCAUGUCAGCAUCCAUGUGAUUAACUUGGACCCACCUGAGCAAUCCAAUGUAAGCUCCCUCAACACUUCACUCUCCUUGCUAGCAUGGUUUCUGAAGAGAAAUUGGGCAUCAUUCUUUGCUCCUCCAUAGGUUCUCCCCCCCGCCUUUGGCUUCUUUCAAGGUUUUUUAUCUUUGAUUUUAUGCAGUUUGAUAUGUUAUGCCUAGGUGUAGUUUUUUGGAAUUUAUCUUUCAUGUUCUGUGAACUUUCUGGAUCUGUGGUUUAGUGUCUUGCCAUUAAUUUGGGGGAAAUUGUCAGUCAUUAUUGCUUCAAAUAUUUCCUCUGUUCCUUUCCUCUGUUAUUUCCAUUAUAUAUAUGUUACAUCUUUGUAGUCCUACAGUUUUAGGAUAUUCUGUUCCUUGUCCCCUCCCCCUCCAGUCUUUUUCUCUUUGCUUUUUAGUUCUGGAAGUUUCUAUUGUCACACGUAUUGUCACCCAGAGAUUCUUGACACAGCCAUAUCCUGUCAACUAAUUAGCCCAUGGAAAGCACUCUUCAUUUCUGUUAGUUUUUUUUUAACUCUAGCAUUUCUUUUUUAUUCUUAGAAUUUCCAUCUCUCUGCUUAUUAUUGCCCAUCUGUUCUUGCAUGUUGCCUACUUUUUCUGUUAGAGCCCUUAGCAUAUUAAUCAUAGAUGUUUUAAAUUCAUGGCCUGAUAAUUCAUCAUCUUUGCCAUAUCUGAAUCUGAUUCUGAUGCUUCAUCUCUCUCUUCAAAAUGCUUUUUGCCUUUUACUGUGCUUUGUAAUUUUCUGUUGAUAGCUGGACAUGAUGCACUGGGUAUAAAGAACUCCAGUGAAUAGACCGUUAGUAAUUAAGGUGUUGCAGGGAGGGAAAGCAUUCCCUAGUCCUGUAAUUAGGUCUCAGUGAGCCUGCACCCGUGGGCUGUGAACUUCACAAGUCUUUCCCAGACCCCAUCUCCACCCCCAAGCCCUUGCACCUUAGCUGGGACAGGACGGCUAGAUGAGGAACACCAGGGGAUUUUUCUCUGAUUUUUCCAUUUGAGAUCCUGGUAGAGCUCCUGGGGGUAAAACUCACAAAAGUGUGAGGAACCCCCUGUGACUGGGGGUUUUUAACUCAGAGACUUGCCUACUCUGAGUCUCCAGCAACUUGUCAAUUACAGUUCAGACUUUCUUAGCCCAGAACUGUCUCCCUCAGAGGUUUCUGCUUGGGAGUUUCUAGUUAGGCAAGUUGUUAUUCUGUGUCCACUUGCCAAUCUCCAAUCCUGGGAACAGGAGUUGGCCCUGGGACCUCACUUCUCUGACAAAUGGAGUUGAUUUUUCAGUUCAGCCUUUUGCUUGUUAGAGAGAUGACUUCCAAACUCCUUACUUGAUGGCUUGGAAAGUGGAAGUCUCAUUUCUCCCUCUCAAAAUCUAAGCACAUCUACAAAAGUCCCUUUGCCAAACAAGGUAACCUUCCCAGGUCCCCAGGGAUUAGGAUAUGGACACCUUUGUAGGAUCAUCAUUAAGCCUCCCUACAAAAUGUUAGCAACUUUAAGCUUUUCAAUUACUAUUAUGAAUUGUGCUGUUACGAACACUCUCAAAUGUGUCUGGUGGGAAAUACAUUUCUAUGGAAUAUAUAUGUAGAUGUGGAUUGCUGGGUCCAUAGGCUAAGUGUAUAUUCAGCUUUAGUAGAUAAUGCCAAAUGGUUUUUCCAAAAAGGCUGUUAAGAAUUUCCAUUCCUGGGAGAAGAUAUUUACAAAUGAUAUAUCUAAUAAGUCUAGUAUCCAGAUUAUAUAAAGAAUUAUUACAACUCAAGACAAGUAACCUAAAGUUAAAAUGGCCAAAGGAUUUGAAUAGACAUUUCCCAAAAAAGAAAAAAAAAAAACACAAAUGACAAGCGCAAGGAAAGAUGCUUAUUCUCAUUUGUAGUUGGGGAAAUGCAAACCAAACCACAAUGAAAUACCACUUCACAACCAAAAUAAAAAAUGAGUGUUGGCAAAGAUGUGGAGAAAUUAGAACCCCAUACAUUGCUGGUGGGAAUAUAAAAUGUAAAAUGGCAACCACUUUGGGGAACAAUGUGGUGGUUCCUCAUAAGGGUAUACACAUAGUUACCAUAUGACCCAGCAAUGCCACUCCUAGAUAAAUACCCCACAGAAUGAGGACAUAUGUCCUCACAGAAACUCAUAUACAAAUGGUUAUAAGCAGCAUUAUUCAUAAUAGCGACAAGAUGCAAAGAACCCAAACACCUAUCAACAGACAAAUGGAUAAACAAAAUGUGGCAUAUCCUACAAUGGAAUAUUUUUCAGCUAUAAAAAGGAAUGAGGUAUUGAUACAUGCUACAACAUGGAUAAACCUUGAAAACAUAAGUGAAAAGCUAGUCAAUAAAGUCACAAUACAGGAUUCCAUUUAUGCAAAAUUUCCAGGAUGGGCAAAUGCAUUGAGACAAAGUAGAUAGUAGUCUGUCUUUCAUUUUAGACAUGCUGGCAGGUAUACAGUAGGAUUUUCUAGUGGUUUUAAUUGUAUUUCCUUGAUAAGUAAUGAAAUUAAGCAUGUUUCAUGUUUAUUGGCCAUAUAGAUCCCCUCUUUUGUAGAGUACCUGUUCAGGAGUCUUAGGAGUCUUGUCCUUUUUAUUUUCUUUUUCUUUUUUGGGAGGGGAGAGGGGUGGGAGGAAGGUGAGGGGGAAACUAUCUGACUUUUUCUUACUGACUCACUCUUCACAUAUUCAUGAUGCUCGUCCUUGUCAGUAUGUAUUGUAAAUAUCAUCUCUCAUUUUGUGGUUUGUCUUUUCACCCUCUUAUUGGUAUCUUUUGAUGAAUAGGAGUUACUGAUUUUAAUGUUCCAUCUGUCAGCUUUUCUUUAUGGUUUUUGCUUUUAUGACCUAUUUUAAAGAAAUCUUUACCUUCAAGGUGAUGAUAUUCCAUGAUUUUUUUUUCUAAAAGAUUUAUUGUUUUACUUUUCUACAAUCCUGGGAUUCAUUCCUAUGCAUGAUGUGAAGUAGGGAACAAGAUUCUUUUUUUUUUUUUCCUUUACUAUGGGUAUUCAAUUAGUUCA